AAGUCACAAGAAAGUAGUAAUGCAGGCCAUUGCAGUGUAUCACAGUAAAACCUGCAUUCGAUUCAAACCAAGGACAGACGAGAAGCAGUGGAUUUCAUUUGUUUAUAAAGUGGGGUGUUGGUCACGAGUUGGAAGAUCAUACUGGCUUCAAGGAGUUGGUCAAGAGUUGUCACUUGGUCAAGGAUGUGAUAACAUUGGGACUGCGCUCCAUGAAAUUAUGCAUGCAUUGGGUUUUUGGCAUGAACAAAGUAGACCAGACAGAGACCAAUAUGUCGAGGUGCUUUGGGAGAACAUUGAACAAGGUGAAGAUUACAACUUYAAAAAAUACACGCAUGGAGUGAUGGAUACUCUCAAGAUCCCGUAUGACUACGAGUCCAUCAUGCAUUACGGCACUCAUAGUUUCUCAAAGAAUGGUAAACCAACUGUAAAAUCAAUCCGAACACCUGAACGAACACUGGGCCAGAGAGACGGCUUCACUGCAUUGGAUCUACAAGAACUGAAUGCGUUGUAUGACUGCAAAGGAUCUGGAUCUCCAUGGAGCAAAUGGUCAGAMUUUGGUCCUUGUAGUCUUUAUGACUGUACAAGAUAUAAGCAAAGAUUCUGUACGUCGGACAAACCCUCGAUAGACUGUCCUGAGGGGGACUAUUAUGGGGUACAAGUUAACACCUCUAAGUGCAGUGAUGCGGAGUGCUAUGCACCAAUCAAUGGUCACUGGGGUCGGUGGUCUUCUUGGGGUGAAUGUGAUGCGUCUUGUGGAAACGGAAUACAGAACCGAACAAGAGAAUGCAGCGAUCCAAAACCACAGUACAAUGGUAAAAACUGUGUUGGUAGCAAAAUUGGAUAUCAGAGGUGCCACGAGAAGACAUGUGGUCUUGGCCCUGAUGACUGUGAAUUCGAUCAUGAUAAGUUGUGCAACUGGAAGGCUGAUGAGAGCCGCUACAAGUGGACGAGAUGGACUGGAGUUACACCCUCGUCAGGUACAGGACCGUCUGGUGAUCACAGCUCGGGCUCAGGUCAUUACAUGUACACCGAGGGGUCAUCGCCAGCUGUUACUGGUGAUAAAGCCASACUAACYAGCAAAAYAUUAACCGCCUCAGAGGGGAGGUGUUUGUCGUUUUGGUACCACAUGUUUGGUGGUGGUAUUGGGUCYUUGAGUGUCAUUCUCAAGGACGAUAGAGGAGAACGUCAAAUAUGGAAAGUCUCUGGCRACAAAGGACAAAAAUGGAAUCUUGGUCACGUGACAAUUGACAGCACGUCACAAUACCAGGUUAUCUUUGAGGCAGUGAGAGGAAUCGAUUUUCGAAGUGACUUGGCACUUGAUGACGUCAUGUUUGAAGAUGGUCCAUGCGUUGAAGAAGUUGGCUGUUAUCGCGACAGUGGCAGUAAUCGAGCUCUUCCAAAAUUGUAUGCUAAUUUGAGGGGCAAGAUUAAUUGGCUGGACAUGCGCAAGACUGUCARAGGGUGCGCUAAAUUGGCGGCUAAAAACCACUUUAAGCUAUACGGUGUGCAGUUCUACGGAGAGUGCUGGGGCGGCGAACCCAAGGUUGAUUUUUCUACCCAGGCGAGUGAUCCCGAUAAAUGCUGGUCUGGCGUCGGAAAGAACUACGCAAAUUUCGUUUAUAAGAUUGUUUGAUUGACAGUCUCCUUUUAACCGGAUGGUCAAUAUUUAGUGGGAAGCUCUACCACAGGAAAAUGUCCUUCUCAAUGUUAUUAAUAAUUGUUAGUAUCCUUUUAAUGAUUAGUUUAUUGAAUAUUAAACUCACAAUAUCAACCUGAAUAAGACAUGUAUAGAUUAUGCACAAAUUAUUAAACAAUGGAUAGUCAUUCA